AUGGUCUCUAGUGCGAUACAGAGCGGUGUAGAUAAGGGAGAGGCGGAGGGAGGCAAUGAUGCUACAGAAGGAAAGGGAGAAACCCACAAUGCUGUGGCUGAUAAGGAGGCUUCUUGUAAGGAGGAUGUUGGUAAGGAGAAUGCUUUAAAGGAGACAGAGAGUGGGGGCAAAGAGGGGGGAGGCAAGGCUGUUUCCAGUAUAGGAGCAGCGGAUGGGAAGACUGGAGACGAAGGGAAAGAGGGUCUGAAGGCGGCUGAAGAGAAGAAGUUGCAAGAUGGUGAGGAGGGUGGUGAGGAGGGUGGUGAGGAGGGUGGUGAGGAGGGUGGUGAGGAGGGUGGUGAGGAGGGUGGUGAGGAGGGUGGUGAGGAGGGUGGGGGAAAGAAGACAUCUGUGGAAGGUGGUGAGGGUGGUGAGGGUGGCGCGAAGGUGGCGAGUGGAUUGGAGGGAGAAACCAAGGUUGAGGUUAAGGGUAAGGGUUCAAAACCGAAAGCAGAGGAGGAAGAGGAGGAGGAGGAGGAGGAGGAGGAGGAGGAGGAGGAAGAGGAGGAAGAGGAGGAAGAGGAGGAAGAGGAAGAGGAGGAAGAGGAGGAAGAGGAAGAAGAAGAGGAGGAAGAGGAAGAAGAAGAGGAAGAGGAGGAGGAAGAAGAAUACGAGGAGGUGGAGGAAGAGGAGGAGGAGGAGGAGGAGGAAGAAGAAGAAGAGGAGGAUGAGGAGGAAGAGGAGGAGGAAGAAGAAGAGGAGGAAGAGGAAGAAGAAGAGGAGGAGGAAGAGGAAGAGGAGGAGGAAGAGGAAGAGGAGGAGGAAGAAGAGGAGGAAGAGCAGAAAAAAACAAAGGAAGCAGGAAAAACAGGGGAUGGGAAGGAGAUUGAGGAAAGCAACAAAACCGCAGCCUCAGCUGCAAAGGAUAGCUCCUCUGGAAGUCCCUCUGUGGAUAAAACAGGAGACAAGUCAGGAAGCAAGUCAGGAAGCAAGGCAGGAGACAAGUUGGAAGAUCUGAAAGGGGAGAAAGAGGAGAAGGAACCUGCUACAACGCAACCGAAACCAGAUGGCCCAGCAGCAGCAGCAGCAGCAGCAGAAGCUGGGCAACAGAAAGAGCCGAGUAGCCCAUCCAAAGCUCCCAAGCUAUCAAAGCUGGCGAGUGUUUUGUCUCCUGCUGCCACGGCCGCUGCUGUGGAGGCGCAGAAAGAAGCAGCAGAGGCGGCUGCUGCUCUAGAAGCUGUGGCGAAUAAGACACUGAAAGCUGCGAGGGAGGCACAGGGGGGUGCAGGAGGGGUGGAGGGAGCAGGGGUGGAGGGAGCAGGGGUGGAGGCACAGAGAGAAGCAGCAGAGGCGGCUGCUGCUCUUGAAGCCGUGGCGAAUAGGACACUCAGAGCUGCGAGGGAGGCACAGGGGGGUGGGGGAGGGGGAGGAGAGGAAGGGGGAGUGAGGUUGGGAGCAAAGGACGUGCGAGUAACAGAGGGCGACGGGGGAGAGAAAGGGGGAGAGGGGAAGGUUGAUGGAGGGGAGGAGAAGGGGAAGGGGGAAGUUAUGGAGGGGGAGGGGAGGGGCCAGCAGGGAAAGCAGGAAGGCACGGAGAGGAGUGGCGGUGAGAAGGAAGGAGAUGAAACGGUGGGGAGGAAGCAGCAGCAAGGAGAUGCAGAGGGGAAUGGGAGAGAGGCGGAGGGGGGUGUGGGAGAUUCGAAGGGGGAUGGGAGAGAUGCAGAGGGGGGUGGGGGAGAGGCCGAAGGGAAGGGGAGUGCGAUGCGGCAGGCGUUCAACACAGCAGGGUUCCCGAUGCUGGGGAGAGUGCUGUGGGGGCGAGAGCUGCACUCGCUGGUGAUGGGCGGCGUACCCAUGAACCUGAGAGGCGAGGUGUGGCAGAUAUUUGUGGGCACCAAGGCGAGGCGGCGAGCAGGGCUGUAUGACGCGCUGCUGGAGGAGGCACACCGGGAGGACGACCUGUGCCCCAACAGCACCCUCGCUGACAUCUACGCUCGCAUUCGUGCCAAAGACGUGCACAACUCGUGGGCCGUGCAGAUUGAAAAGGACCUUCCGCGUACCUUCCCCGGGCACCCAGCGCUGGACUCCAUUGGGCGGGACUCCCUGCGCCGCUUGCUGACGGCGUAUGCACGGAAGAACAAGGACGUGGGAUACUGUCAGGGAAUGAACUUCCUUGGUGGGCUGCUGCUUCUGCUCAUGCCGGAAGAAAACGCCUUCUGGACCCUGACAGGGAUUGUGGAUGACUAUUUGAAGGGCUACUACUCCCACAACAUGAUCGAAGCUCAGGUGGACCAGCUGGUGUUUGAAGACCUCGUGAGGCAAAACUUCCCUCGACUUGCAACGCACUUUGAGAACAUGGGGGUGCAGCUGUCGUGGAUCACUGGCCCCUGGUUCCUCUCCCUCUUCAUCAACGUGUUUCCAUGGGAAAGCGUGCUGCGUGUGUGGGAUGUGAUGCUGUUUGAGGGCAGUCGCUGCAUGCUCUUCCGAGCGUGCCUCGCACUUCUCGAGCAGCACUCCUUCCUAUUGAUGGAAAUCACUGAGACGGGUGAGCUCAUGUCCACCCUGCUGAGCUCGGCAGCAUCGGCCUUUGAUGCCAGUCAGCUGGUACUGAACGCUUGUGUGGGGUACAUGGCUGUGGACGAGGCGUUAUUGGAGGCCCUGAGGCAGAAGCACCGGCCGGCCAUAAUGAGGCGGCUGGAGGAGAGGCAGGUGGCACUGCAGCGCUACCAGAGCGGCAAGUCAGAGCGCCUCAAGGCGGAGGCUGCUGCUAUCUUUGAGCGCAUGUCCCUCCACCCCACUGCUGACGGCCGCCCUGUCACCACCAACUCGCUUGACGACUCCAUCCUCCCCUCCCCUUCUGCUGUUGCCGCCUCUGGAUCUGGUCCGCUGCUGGAUCCGCCGUCUCUGCUCCUGCCACCCUCUACUGACAGCCUCGUUACUAACAAUCUUCUCUCUAAUAGCAAGAGCGGUAACAGUAGGAAUAGUCAACUGCCGCCUCUGCCCACCCAGGGGCGUCAGAAGGGGGCUUUUCAGGAAGGCUCCCAGGCAGUCCCAGCGGCCAAUCAGCUCCCGCCACCUGUCCAAUUUAAGCCUGGAGCGAGGCUGUUUCCCCUCCCCCCCAGCCCUCCACUCGCCCGGUCCUCCUCCCUGUCAAGGCUCCACGUGUCAGCUCUCCAUAGGCCCGUUUGGCACCGCUUUGGCAUGCACUUAGGGUGCAGCCCUGCUGCCAGGAACAUGGUGGCGCUUUUAGCUAAGCAAAUGGAGGAGGAGCACACGCAGCCUCGGGGGCCGCCGAAGCUGUCGCUGCCGAACCGAGUGGCUCGGGCAGUGGCUGUGCUGCUGGAAGCAGCAGGGGUGGAUGGUGGGAGAGAGAUGAAGGAUGGGAGGGCGGGUGUGAAUGGUGGUCUGGAUAUGCCCAUGGAUGGAUCCUCCUGGCCUGAUGUGAAUGGAUGGCCGAUAUCCACCACCACCGUCUCCUCCGUGUCUUCAGCAAGCAUGCUAGCAGGGAGACUAGCAGGGGCAGCAGGUUCGGUCUCCUUCUCCUCCGUGUCUCUCGCCCCAUGGCCUGACCACCGCCGCUCGUCCUCCUCUCACGACCUUGCUGCUCUCAACCGCAGCCCCGCCUCUCCCCCCAUCCCGCUCCCUGCGAACGGUGUUAACGGUGCCUCUGCUGAUGCUGGUGCUACUGGCGAUGAUGGUGGUGCUCAUGACGAGAGUUGCUCCAGAGAGGGAGCAGGUGCAGCAGCGGUGGUGGAACCAGGAGUGGCAGGGGGGGAAGCGGGAGCUGGGGGAGCAGGGGGUGCAGGGGGAUCAGGGGGAGUAGGGGGAGCAACAGCAGCUGUACCAUCAGCUGCUGCUGCAUGGCGCUGGUCCGGAUGGGGUCAGGCAGGGUCUCUGUUCGGUGGAGGAGGAGGAGGGGCAACAUCCGCUGCUGCUGCCGCUGCUGCUGCUGCAGCUGCAGGAGAGGCGGACGGGCUGGCGGGGGAAGGGGAGGGGCAGGUUGGGGACGGUGCAGAGCUGUUGAAGAGGGAUAUGACUGCUAUGUUGGACCUGCAAGCACAGGUUAGUGUGGGCUGCACAGCACAUGCACCUGAUGGAUCCAGCAGGUGGAUUACAGGUGGGUUCCAGGGCAGGUGGGUUUCAGGGCAGGUGGGUUUCAGGGCAGGUGGGUUCAAGGGCAGGUGGGUUUCAGGGCAUGGAGUGUGUUCACUCUGCAUGAUUGCAACAUCUUUAUCUCCCUCCUUCCUUUCUUCCUCCCCCUCCAUCCCCUCUUUCCCCUCCUCCCCCUCCAUCCCCUCUUUCCCCUCCUUUCCCUCCAUCCCCUCUUUCCCCUCCUUUCCCUCUAUCCCCUCGUUCCCCUCCUUUCCCUCCAUCCCUUCUUCCCUCUCCUUUCCCUCCAUCCCCUCUUCCCUCUCCUUUCCCUCCAUCCCCUCUUCCCUCUCCUUUCCCUCCAUCCCCUCUUUCCCGUCCCCUCCCUUCCCUUCCUCCUGCCAGGUGGCGUGGUUAAAGGAGCAGCUGGUGUUCACUCUGGAGAGCCACCACGAGUCACAGACGCGGGUGGAGGCUCUUCAAACAGCCAUGGUGGAAAUGGCUCAGAGAGACACACACAUGCAGCUCACAGUGAAGGUGGAGCAAAUGACGAACGAGGUGGAAGUGCUUCGGAGAGAGCUGUCGCAGCAGCAGCAGCGGGCAGCAGUGGUGCUGGAGCAAGCGGUCAUGGACAAGCAGAUUGAGAUGCAGAGGGAGCUGAAUGCGCUGCUGAGGGCAUUGGCGUCAAAGGAGGAGAAGAUGCGGCGGGAUGUGGAGGGGCUACAUGAUAGGGUGGAGGACAAGGAGAUGGAGAUAGAGAGACUCAAGAGGGUGAUCGGUCGUCUGGAGGGGGACAAGAGGGAGCAGGAGCAGAUGAUAGCAGUGGGCAGGCAGCAGGUGGACACUCACAAGCGCGUCAUUGAGAUGCUGGUGGAGAAGGGCCAGACGAUGCAGCAGCAGAUGGUGGCCAUGGAGAAGCGAGCACUCACAGCCGAAGG